GGCGGUGGGGGUGGGAAACCAAGAUUCCGGGCCCGUGAACGGCGGCUCUUGCCGGUGAUCAUCGAGAAGCGUUCCUUCUGUUAAGAAGCUGGCGGCCACCUCGAGCCCGGGGCUCGGGCCGGGAGAAACCGCUGGCCCAGGAAAAGCGGCGAAUAUUCGGAAUCGACCUGUACAGUAUUUGGGUAGAUCUCUGGAGGACCUGGAGUGAAGCCCAGAAGUGAGAGCGAUUAAAGAAGUGAUGAGCAGAAGAAGUGAACCGGACUGAGCAAGGUUGUUAGGAGUCAAUUGGAUCACAGUCCGGCUUGGGGAGUGUUCUGGACGAUAGCCUGCGACUGAAGGGGUCCACCAUAGAACAGGGGCAAUCAGCAGUAAAACUCGUGUCGUUCCGGGUGAAGUGGAAAGAUUGUAGUGAUCCAGGUUUUUAAAAAAAAGCUCAUUGGAGUACCACAUGCUAUCAGGAAGGUUCUGGAGUUAAAACUCAGUGUCGUGAUCAUUCUGGAAUUGAAUGCUGUUGAAAAUGUUCUGGAGUGAUGCCGAGGUCUAGGAGUGAUCCACUUAAAUUUUAGGAUUGGAGAUAUAGAAGACCUAUUCGGAUCUGAAAAUGUCCUUCUUUAACUUUCGGAAGAUCUUUAAGAUUGGUGGAGAGAAGAAGAAAAAACAAUUUGAGCAUGUGAAAAAAGACGUAAACCCUGAAGAGGUCUGGCAGAUCAUCGGUGAGCUGGGAGAUGGAGCUUUUGGCAAGGUCUAUAAGGCGCAGAACAAGCAAACAGGAAUUCUUGCGGCAGCGAAGGUGAUUGAAACUAAAAGUGAGGAAGAGCUGGAAGACUACAUUGUGGAAAUUGAUAUACUGGCAUCCUGUGAUCAUGAUCAUAUUGUCAAGCUGCUUGAUGCAUUUUACUAUGAAAACAAGCUGUGGAUUCUGAUCGAAUUCUGUGCUGGAGGAGCUGUAGAUGCAGUAAUGUUGGAAUUGGAAAGAGCUCUGACUGAGCCUCAAAUUCGAGUAAUUUGUAAACAUACACUGGAAGCUCUGAGCUACCUCCACGACAACAAGGUGAUCCACCGAGACUUGAAGGCAGGGAAUAUACUGCUCACAAUGGAAGGAGAUGUCAAACUGGCUGAUUUUGGGGUCUCAGCAAAGAAUAACAGGACAUUGCAACGAAGGGACUCCUUUAUUGGGACACCUUACUGGAUGGCACCUGAAGUUGUGAUGUGUGAGACAUCAAAAGACAAGCCCUAUGAUUAUAAGGCAGAUAUCUGGUCGCUGGGUGUCACUCUGAUUGAGAUGGCUCAAAUGGAGCCUCCCCACCAUGAGCUGAAUCCUAUGAGAGUCCUACUGAAAAUUGCUAAAGCUGACCCACCCACACUGACGCAACCAUCCCGAUGGUCUCCUGAGUUCAGUGAUUUCCUGAAGAAGGCAUUGGAGAAGAAUGUUGAGGUGAGGUGGUCAUCCCAACAGCUACUACAGCACCCAUUUGUGGUGAAUGUUAACAGCAGUAAGCCUGUGAGGGAGUUGAUUGCAGAAGCAAAGGCAGAGGUAACAGAAGAGAUUGAAGAGAGCAAAGAGGAUGAAGAAGAGGAGGAUUCUGAAAAUGCAGCAGCUUUGCCAGGACAUAAACGUGCCCCAUCAGAUAUCAGCACUGCCAGUUCUGAGGAUGAGAAACUCUCUCAGUCUCCUUCAACCCUUGAGGCUGUUUCUGAGAAAAUGGAGACAGAGUCUAUUGAAGAAAAUACAGACAAGGUCAGUGACAAGCUGUCGGAUGAGGGGAUUGGUACCAGUGAAGGGGAGAAGCUGAUGGAGAACAAUGCUUCUGACACCAGUAAUGAAGAUGUACAAGGAGGUAGUGAGAAACUAGAUACUGAUGUUGGGAAACCUGUAUCAUCAGAAGAGAAAACUGAGACAGAAGAGCCAAAUGUGGAAAUCUCAGAAGCUCAGGAUAGCACUGAGCAACCUUUGAAAGAAGAUGACGUACAUGAGGAUGUUAGCAAACCUAAAGAGGAAAAGGACAAAGUGUCAGAGAUACAAAAGGAAAGUGCAACUGGAAAAGAGAAGGAGACAGAAAUGGAGACAAAUGAAGGUAAGGUGGAUGGAGAGAACACAGCAACCAAUACUGAGGUGACAGAAGCCUUGGCAGUAACACAAGCAGAAAAAAGUGAUGAAGAAGCGUCAAGAGAAGCUUUCAGUGCAAUAGUGAUCAGUGUGCAACCUAAAGAGUGCAUACCUGAAGAAACAGUGGAUGUAAUUUCUGGAGAAGGAGAGCACGAGGGGCCAGAGUCAAAUCUAAACACUCCAGCUCUUCCCAGUGAAGAAACAAAAGAGGUGAAGCAGGCUGAUGAUCUCAAAGUGAACUCUGAUACACAGUUAGUGGAAAGUGGAAGAUGUCCCGAGAUUGCAGUUGUAACGGAGAGUGGUGUAAAAUUAGAGCACACUUCAGAUUCAGAGGCUGAUACUAAGACACGACCUGAAACUAACUCUACCCAAGCAAGCAUAACGUUGAGUGGCAAGUUGAAUGAAACACAAGAUGCUAUGCCUUACAAAGUGAAGGAAACAGAGAGUGAGAGUCUAGAUGACAUAAAGCUGGAGAUGACCCCUGAAAUCAAUGUCACCGCUGAAGAGAUGAAGGAAAAUUUUGAUCCUGCUGCACAAUCGAAGAGCGUGAGUAAAGAAAAAGAGAGAGAUGCAGAUUCUGGGAGUGGGUCAAUGGUAGACAACAACAGCAUCGACUUAAGCCUGUCCAUAUCCAGCUUCUUGUCCCGCAACAAGGAAACUGGAUCGAUAUCCCUUCAGGAAAUGAAGCAACAGAAAAAAACAUUGAAGAAAACACGUAAGUUUAUGGUAGAUGGUGUGGAGGUGAAAGUGACAACAUCAAAAAUUGUUACAGAUAAUGACAAAAACAAUGAAGAAAUGAGAUACCUCAGGCGCCAAGAGUUGCGUGAGCUGCGGCUUCUUCAGAAAGAGGAACAACGCACACAGCAGCAACUCAGCAAUAAGCUGCAGCAGCAGCGUGAACAGAUCUUCCGCCGCUUUGAGCAAGAGAUGACAAGUAAGAAGCGUCAGUAUGAUCAUGAAAUUGAAAACUUGGAACGACAGCAGAAACAGACAAUCGAGCGUCUUGAACAAGACCACACUACCCGCUUGCGAGAUGAAGCAAAGAGAAUCAAAUCUGACCAGGAAAAGGAGCUGUCAAAAUUCCAGAGCAUGUUAAAAAAUCGCAAAAAAGAGGUUAAAAAUGAAGUGGAUAAACUCCCCAGAGAACAGAGAAAAGAACAAAUGAAACGAAUUCGAGAGGAGCUUUCGCAGUCUUUGCAUGUUCAGGAACAGGAGUUUCUGCAGAAGCAGCAGCAGGAGUUGGAUGGGGCACUGAAGAAAAUUAUCCAUCAGCAUAAACUGGAGCUAGCUACCAUUGAACGGGAGUGUCUGAACAACAAACAGCAACUGAUGCGAGCGAGAGAGGCAGCAAUUUGGGAACUUGAGGAACGGCACCUACAAGAAAAACACCAACUUCUGAAGCAGCAGUUGAAAGACCAAUACUUCAUGCAGAGGCACCAGCUUUUAAAAAGGCAUGAGAAGGAAAUGGAGCAGAUGCAGAGAUACAACCAGCGACUUAUUGAAGACCUGAAGAAUCGACAAACCCAGGAGAGAGCCAGAUUGCCCAAAAUCCAACGCAGUGAAGCCAAGACUCGCAUGGCCAUGUUCAAAAAGAGUCUGCGAAUUGGCUCCUCAAGUUCACCGGAACAAGAUAGGGAGAAAAUCAAACAGUUUGCUAGCCAGGAGGAUAAGAGGCAGAAAAAUGAAAGGUUACAGCAGCACCAGAAACAUGAAAACCAGAUGAGAGACCUUCAGCUCCAGUGUGACGCCAAUAUUCGGGAAUUACAGCAGCUACAGAAUGAAAAGUGCCAUUUGCUAAUUGAACACGAGACACAUAAGCUGAAGGAGGUGGAUGAAGAGCACGGUCAGGAGCUGAAGGAGUGGAGGGACAAGCUUAGACCCAGGAAGAAGGCUUUAGAGGAAGAAUUUGCUCGCAAGCUGCAGGAGCAGGAAGUCUUUUUCAAGAUGAGCGGAGAAUCUGAAUGCCUCAAUCCUUCUGCACAGAGCCGUAUUUCCAAGUUCUACCCUGUCCCAAGCCUGCAUUCUACAGGUUCCUAAUUGCAGGGCUCCCAGGAGUUUCUCUUACUUGUUCUGUAAACACCUAUUUAUGAAAGUACUGAUCUGGUCACCUGCAGCAGGACCUCCUGGUGCCCCUUUACCAUCAUUGCGUUUGAAGACCGUCAGAAUGCAGCUGUUGAAUUUACAUGUUUUGAACCUUGUUGGACUGUUUGCGUCUGGAAAUCCUGGAUAAGAUGCAUUACUGCAUUUCCUAAGUGGAAGACAGGAUGAGAGUGGUGUGUCUAUAUCAUUCAUAGCAUAAUUUUAAUCAUUUAUAAUACUCUCCUUUUGCCUCAUCUUUUGGUCCCAUUGUCUGUUGGCCAGUCAUAGGAGAAUAGGCUCCAGGUUCCUCUAUUGACUUACAAUAGAAGUCUCUGCAGAGACGUAUGCUGGAGCUACAGAGCGAGUUCUGGUGAAAUGGUAACCAUCGUCGAAUGAAUCAUGAAAUAUUGCUGUGUCUGAGGGUUUCCAUUGCAAUUAGCAGGUUUUAAUGCAUAUUGCAGAUUCCUGCAUUCUUCUGAGCUAUGUAAUAGUUUAUCAAUUAAACCAGAAAUAAGCAUUUACAACUGUGCAGAUCUGGCAGCAUGUGUGGAGAUAAAAAUGAGUUUGUGUUUCAGGUCUUUUCCUAUCAGAGCUAAUGGAAGUUAAUGACCUGAAACAUUAGUUCUUAUUUCUGUCUCCACAGAUGCCAUUGCAGUUGUUUUGUGUGAAUGAAUCACUUGCUGUCGCAUUUCAGCCUUUUUGUGAAAAGUGAUAUGCAUCCCAAUGACACACAAACCCUAAAACAGGAAUAUGACCAUGCUGUAACCUUUGACUGUUACUGAGCAAAAAAAAUCUGUUUGUACUUCAUGCCCCCACUAAGCUUAAAUCCGAGCUUAGGAACGAUAAAACUACAAUACAACAGCACUCUGCCGAGUUCAGUCGGUGUAUGGGAACCCACUGUGUAUGGCCUAGAGCCUGAACUGUAGAGCAUCUGGAGAAGCUUGAUUCAGAUGAAUGGAAUUAUGCAUGAUUUGUGGAAACUGACAUUUUGACCCUAUUUGGCAUAAAAUACUGGAACCAUGGUAAAAUAUUCUGGUAUCAUCUUGGUUGCUUAGAAGCAUAUUAAUUCAGCAAAUCAUGCAUUCAGGCUCCCUUCCAUUUCCGUAAAUAACUGUCACUAUGACUCCCUAGAUGAUCGUUACUGUCAUUGCUUUUCCGUAAACAAGCGUCACUACGUUUUCCGUAAACAUUGUUACAUUUCCAAAAAAAAGUCUUGCAUUUCCCUAAAUCCCAGGGCAGACAGCAGCCUAGUGGUAUUAUCACUAGACUAUUAAUCCAGAAACCUAGCUGAUGUUUUGGGGACACUGUUUCAAAUCCCACCAAAGCAGAUGGUAGAAUUUAAAUUCAAUUUUUAAAAAAAAUCUAGAAUUAAGAGUCUACUGAUGAUCAUGAAACCAUUGUUGAUUGUUAGGGAAAACCAAUCUGGCUCAUUAAUACCCUGAAUGGAGGAAAUCUGCCAUCCUUAGCUGGUCUGGUCUACAUGUGACUCCAGACUCUCAGCAAUAUGGUUGACUCUGAAAUGCCCUCUGGGCAAUUAGGGAUUGAUAAGUGCUUACAUAGGCAGUGAUGCCCUCAUCUCAUAAAUGAAUUUAAAAAAACAUUGUUGCAUUUCCCUAAAUAAUUCACUAUGAUUGAUUGCAUAGGUAACCAUCAGUAACAUUGUUGCAUUUCUCCAAAUAACGGUCACUACUUUUUACGUAAGCAGCUGUCACUACAUUACUCUAAAUAAUGGCCACUGUUUCCCUUAAAAAUUGCCACUACAUUUCCUGAAAUAAUCAUCAGUUAAUUUCUCUAGAUAACCAUUGUUAUGUUUCCUUACAUGUUUCUAACCAUCAUUGUAUUUUCCUAAAUAACCAUUGCUGCUGUUUUCCAAAAUGACCCCUGCUCCCUUGCCCUAAAUAACUGUCACAGCGUUUUCCCGAAACAACAAUCAGUGUUUGCCUCAAUAAUCCUCACUGUGUCCAAGUAUUUUUGAGAUGCUUUGAAAUGCAUCUGAGAAAAAUGAUGGAUUGCAAUAUCAGUGCAAAACCUUACUUGCUUUUGAAGUGAAAAUUUCAUAAUUAUUGAAGUAUUUUGGCAUGUUUAGCAUUGUGCUGUCAUGAAAGUGUUUCUCUGAUUCUUCUCUAAACAGGAGUGAGGGCAGUGAGUUUAUCACAGCAAUGCAGUUGACUCUUAACUGCCCUCUGGGCAAUUUGGGAUGGGCAUUAAAUGCUUGCCUUGACAGCAACGCCCACAUCUGUGAAUGAAUAUAUUUUUUUUUAAAUGUUCUCCUAUGCUUGAUAAAGAGCUGCAAUAAAACGUCUGAGGAAUUCUGGUAUCAGCUGAGAGCUUAUAUAAAGCAAACAUCCAUCUCCUUGAAUCAGGAUUCCAUUAUUUUUAAAACAACAGUUUCAGUAAGUGACUCUACAUUGCUUAAUAACCAUGGGUCUGUGCUUGCUUCAUUGUGCAACCCUUCACACCUAAAUCUGUGGAUUGCACAGGGAAGUAACAAUUAUCUAAUAACCAACAUAAUCUCUCUGUAUAUCUAAAUUAUUUUAAUGGAUGAUAUUCUGUCUGAAGUACUUCUGCUUAUUUGGUUCGAGUCUAUGCCUGUACUCCUGCCCCUGCGCCCCAACCCCAGCAAUGGUGGAGCCUAUCAGAUUUGAUUUUGUUGAAGGGAGGAGGGUUUAAGACUGGUGAGUUUAAACUCCACAUUUGCAUUUUAGUUUUGUGUGAUUUAUUGGGAUUGUUUGGUGCUCUGUACUGUAGGGGCGAUCACACGAGGCCUGUUGAUCUUUGGAGUGUUCAGGUGUGAUAGCAAUCAAAAUUAUAGACAUUUUGAGGCUCAAGGACCAAAACAUGACACUUCUUUCAGAACUGGGUCUUUGAAAACAUUGAAGACUUGCACUCAUAUCUGAUUGACACUUGUGAAAAUUGAGUUUUUUCAUGUAGGCAACCUGGUCAGAUAUCUAUAUUAAUGAUCUUGUUCCAUCCACCACUGCAGAGACUCCUUUUGCUGAAUAUUCUUCACAUUUAUUAUCCAAAUAAAUACUCUGGCACUAUAAAUAAUAAAUGUUCUAUAACUUUGUGGUAUUUUUUAAAUUAUGACCUCAAUAACAGGUUAAGCACAAAUGUGAUUCCUAUGUGCUUCAAUGUAGUUCCACCUUGUGAUGUCUAGUGAAAGGAUGACAAUAUCAUUCCAAGUCUGGAUGGGUGUGACUUACAGAGGAACUUGAAGGUAUCUGCUGACCUUUAUGUUAUAGGUGAAUAAAGGUUGAAAAUUUGGGAGAAUCUGUCACUGCAAAUGCUGGUGGGAACCCCAUGGUGCACUGAGAGUGGAAUCAAUGAGGAGGUUGCAGCCAUUUUGGUGACAAUUGCAGUCUUAAAAUCAGUUAGGUGGGGGAAUGGACUACGCUCAUUACAGCACCAUCAAGGGACAUCUAAUAAUUAGAAAUGACUAUGUUACUAUCAGUCAACUUGUGUGUUAAUUAAGAACCUUCAGCCCGUUUGUCCAUCUAUGUGUUCAUGGCUAAUUAUCACUUUAGCUAUACUGCCUGUUACCUGUACUUCACUGAGACCAAAAAUCAAUUGAUUUCUUCAAAAUAUUCAACAAUGGAACUUUGUUUGAAUGGCGAUGCGGGUUCAAGUGUCCUGUUCAUAUAUUUAUAUGGUCUAAAUGGUCACAUCUUUAUUUUGAUAAUGUGCCCAUGUUCUAGAUUCCCUGCCUGUGUCGCUACCCAGUUAAUUUGCUUUGGAAUCUUGCAUUUCAAUGAAUCUUUUCAAUUCAUGAAAGUAUAGGCCCAAUUUUCUCAGCCUCUUGUCUUUCAUCCUAAAAAUCCUUCCAGCCUUCACUGCAUCACAGAAUCCUAGAAUCCCUACAAUGUGGAAGCAGGCCAUUCAGCCCAUUGAAUCCACACAACCCUCCAAAGAAUGUCCCACCCUCCCACCCCUAUGUCUAACA